AUGGGUUAUACGGAUGAGCGUAGAUUUCCUGACUUUUCAUUCAUUUCGAAUAAAAAUGAUUUAACGGAAUAUCUCAGUUGUGUGAUCAUUAGUCACUUUCAUCUGGAUCAUGUUGGUGCUUUACCUUACAUGACCGAAGUUGUUGGAUAUAAUGGUCCGAUAUAUAUGACACAUCCAACUAAAGCUAUUUGCCCCAUUCUACUUAAUGAUUUUCGACGCCUUAUGGACAAACGUUCCGAGCAAGCUCUUUUCAGUGCUGAAAUGAUAGAUCGCUGCAUGAAAAAAGUUACGUGUGUUUAUCUUCACCAAUCAGUUCAAGUUGACGAUACUAUUGAAAUUCAGGCAUAUUAUGCCGGUCACGUUUUGGGAGCCGCCAUGUUUCAUAUUAAAAUCGGCGACAAGUCAGUCUUCUAUACGGGUGAUUACAAUAUGACAUCUGAUAGGCACUUGGGGGCAGCAUGGUGCCCCCGACUUCGUCCCGAUUUAUUGAUUACUGAGACUACCUACGCCACAACCAUUCGAGAUUCCAAGCGUGCAAGAGAACGGGAGUUUUUAGAGAAGAUUCAUUCAUGUUUGGAUAGUGGAGGAAAGGUGUUGAUUCCAGUUUUUGCUCUUGGCAGAGUUCAGGAACUUAGUAUCCUUCUGGAAUCUUAUUGGGAACGUAUGAGCUUAUCCUAUCCAAUUUACUUUUCUCAUGGUAUGGCUGAGAAAGCUACUAACCUGUAUAAGCUCUUUAUCUCUUGGACAAAUCAGAGAAUUAAGGAGAUUUUCGUGGAACGCAAUCCUUUUGAUUACAAACAUAUAGAGCUUCUUUCACAGAAUGUGCCUGACAAACCUGGGCCAAUGGUAGUUUUUGCAACCCCUGGCAUGCUUCAUGGUGGCCAAUCAUUCGCCAUAUUUCGAAAGUGGGCUCAUGAUCCCAAGAACAUGGUUGUUUUUCCUGGUUUUUGUAUCUCCGGUACUGUUGGUUACAAGGUUCUCAACGGAGCGGAAUUCAUUGAUUGUGAUGAAGGCAGGAUUCCAGUAAAUUUGCACGUAGAGUAUCUCUCGUUCUCGGCUCACGCCGAUGCACGAGGUAUCAUGCAGCUUAUCUCCUUUUGUCGUCCCGGUCAUGUUCUUCUUGUCCACGGUGAAAGCGGAAAGAUGGAUUUUUUGCGAAAACGCAUUGAAGAGGAGACUGGAAUACCUUGCUCCAUGCCGGCUAAUGGCGAAAUUGUUUAUAUUACUCCACGUCCAAAAUUAACAGUUUUGGCUCCUGCUGAGAUGGUGAAGAAAUUCGUUGAGGAGAAUUCAAUAGCUCGGAAAGGCUUAAAUCCUGACAUUUUUCGGGGAGGCAUAAUCAUGAGUGGGGAUGGGUCUGAGGCUGUUCUCUUGAAGCGAGAAGAUGCGUUGCAGAGUGUUGGCUUAAAUGAUCACGCUAUGCUUUUUACUUCUGUUCAUGCUUUUGCUUCAAUGGAAUCGAUCCCAGUUAUUGUCAAAAGGAUUUCUGUAGUCUGCCAAGAUUUAGUUCAGAAAGGCGAUAUUGAAAUAGAUGACUCUGGUUUAACCAUCUCCAAGGACAUCGCUGUUGACAUAGAAGAAGGUGAUGGAAAAAACUUCGUUUUACGGGUUACUUAUAGUCUAAAGGAUGAAGAAUUGGGUACGAAGCUGUUUGGAAAAUUAAAGGAUGCUCUACCUCAUGAUAAGUAG